AUGAUGACGACUGAGGCAGCUGAAAACGUAACAAAAACAUUUAAAUUUUCAUUUCCUACGUGUACAAAUGAAGAGGUUCUUUUUAAAUUGGAGGUACCUGUGGAUAUUCCUUACGAAGGAUCCUCACGUGAGCUGGUCCAACGAGUGUUAAAAAUGUUUCAUAUUCCUGUAUACUUGGAAGACGAGUUAAAUGAAAAGUUAGCAGAAUUUAUUGCUGAGGAAACUAAAAACUAUCACAAUGAAAGAGAUGAAAAAUUACUAAACCAAUUGAAAAAUGGAGAGCUAAAUAUUGAGGGAAUUAUCAAAGGAUGGGAGAAAAAUUUCAAAGAGAAUGUACUAGAAUUUGCUGAACAGAAGGGCUCUUCCGAUGAAGAAGUAUUUGCAACAGCCUAUCACAAAUUAGUCCAUUCUCCAGCAUUAGAAACAAUAUUACAAGUGGAGAGCUCCUAUGCUAAGACAGUUAUGAAUAUGAUUAAAAACCGUGAUAAGGAUAUCAGAAAGCUUACUGAAAGGCAAACACAAGAAAUGGAAGAUAAAAUCAGGCUACUUAACAUCUCAACAACAGAAGAGGAAAUUAAUGCUUUAGCUGGAAAGCAUUUUGAAGAGCAAAGUGUAGCAGCUGGCCAUUGGGAAUCCCAACUGGAUGCUUUAAGACAUGCUCAGAGAGCAGCUCAUAGAGCUUGGCUGAUGACUGCGUUAGAUGACUAUCAGCUCAAUGAAAAUGCUACACCCAGUAACUCUCCACUAUGCACUUUCCCUCCAGAUUUACCCGGGCCCAUUCAACCGGCUCCACCAAGGCUAGAAGAGAGUUUCACCAUACAUCUAGGAUCACAGCUCAAACAAACACACAAUAUACGACUUGUCGCUGUUGAUGUUUUAGAUCUGUGUUCUGUGAAUCGGGGAGAUAGCGGUACAUGGAACCGCGCCCAACCAGCUCUAGGCUUAUACUCAAACGACCUGUCAGCUGUAGUACUAUUGGCCGAGCACGAGCCGUCACGUUCACCUCUCGUUGCCCUCGCGAGGCAGGCCACGGAACAUCACUUCGAUGACGUUGAGAUACAAUUACGAGAUAUCGCUGAAAAAGUUAAAGAACCGGCAGAAAAGCGUAAUUUAGAACGUGUAGCAAGUGAUGGGCGAGGGCGAACCGCCCGGGUCAAACGCUCGCUGCAGCCCGGGGACGUGUAUCUAAGUAGACACAGCAAUUUGGCGGAUGCUCAUUUAGUCUAUCAUCUCGUCAUUGAUGAUGAGCAGAUGAAAGCUGGUGAUAUCACGUCUCGUCACCCAGCAAUUCUCGCGCUACGCAAUAUCUUGAAGUCGGCUUCGUGUAAUGACGUCACUUCUAUUGCAUUGCCAUUGCUUCUUAGACAUGACUUAACUGAGGAUAUGACAAUGUCGUGGUGUAUCAGACGAGCGGAAUUAGUCCUCAAAUGUGUAAAGGGCUUUAUGUUAGAGGGGAGUGGAGGGGGCGGGGCAGAACUACGAACUCUCACCGUGGCGUUGCCUUCUACCACUAACCAAACAUUAUUUAGUGCUCUGGCAGAUUUAUUGACUAAUAUAUUUAGAUUGGCCGGACCUGUGCGACAAAAUAAAUUAGAAUAG